AUGAACAUAACAAAACUCAAUAUUUCAUGUGUAUGGGGUGGUACACUGACUGGUAUUUUACUCAAAAAUGAUGUAGUAACCACCGAUAGUCAUUGUCAAAAAACAAUGAAAAUUAUUGGUAUACAUGGUUGGCUCGAUAAUCUUAAUUCAUUAUUACCACUUGCAGAAAAAUUAAUAAAUCAUCAUCCAAAUUAUGAAAUUUGUUUGUAUGAUGGUGCUGGACACGGAUUUUCAAGUCAUAUUCCUAAAGGUAUUGAUUACUCGGUUGUACGUAAUCUUCAAGAUCUUCGUACUGUUAUUCAAAGCCUUGGUUGGGAUAAAGAAAAAUAUUCUAUUAUUGGUCAUAGUUUUGGUGCAGCAAUUGGAGUGACUUAUACAGCAAGUUAUCCAGAAGAAGUCUUAUGUCUUGUUUGUCUUGAUUCUCUGCCCCGAGGAGAAACAUCAUUGGAAGAUUAUUUCAAAAUUCAAGGUUCUCGAAUUGAUGCUAGUUUAAAAUAUCAUAAAAGACCACCUAGAUCUCACAAGCCUCAUCUAACAUCUGAAAUAAUACUUCAAUUAAUAAAAAUUAUGCGACCUGGUAUUACUGAUGAAGCUGCUAAAUUGUUAAUUGAACGUUCAAUUCGUCAAGAUACAGAUGGUGAAAUACAUUUAACCCAUGAUGAGUCAUUAAACUCAAACACACUUAUACCACUCAGUGAUGAGAUGAUUCGAUGUGUAAUUCAAUCUAUAAAAAUACCCGUUCUUUUUAUUGGUGCUACUAAUCCUCAAUAUCCUCGAGAUGAAAAAACAUUUGCUUGUAUCAAAGAGUGCAAUUCUAAUUUUAAAAUGAUAUUAAUCGAUGGACCACACCAUUUGCAUAUGACACAUGUUGAUGAAGUCGUUGAUCAUAUUGAACAAUAUUUUAAAAAACAUCUUUAA